AUAUAAUUCAACUUUGGAUGACUUUGUAAGGAAGCUACGGACACCGGGUUUGUGAUUUUAGGCCACAUUUACUGUGUAUUUAUCAUUGCAUGUCUCACCAAAGUACUGCCACAUUUGUAUUAACUAAUACACAACUGAUUUAUGAAUAAGGAACUUAUUACUUAAUCCCCAUGUUUUACAGACAAGGCAUAAGGUUAGUCCUAGACUAAGACACACGUAUGAGCUGUCAAGGGUCAACGAUUCUCUUGACCUGUCUGAAUCAGAAACUGCUUAUGAGGUAUAACCGUGUUGUUUUUCCAGUUUCCAGUUUUACGUGCCGAAUCAAGCUUUCUGGAGUCAGUGUGUUGACCCAUAAAAGGAAAAGCUUUGCAUUGAAGACACACACCACCAUGUAAUCUUAUUCCAUGUUGACUUGAAACAUCUCAGCAGAUCUUUCAUCUUCCUUUCCAUAAAACUUUCAACGUCGUCUCUGUUCAUCAGUGUAAUGAAAAAGACACCAUGGCGAAGCGCACUGUAGUUAUGUAUGUAGAGAUUGGUUGUUUUGUGUCCUGUUUAUGUGGCUGGAUUUUGAUUUGUUCCACUAUGGCCACUGAAUACUGGACCUUCUCGGAGGUCGGCUCUGUUAUGCUCACCACCGGUAAUUAUUAUUCAAACCUCUGGAUGGACUGUGUGUCAGAUACCACGGGAGUAUCUGACUGUAAAUACUACCCUUCUUUGAUGGACCUCUCGGUUUUUCUCCACGUAACCAGGGCACUGGCCAUAGUUUCUGUGAUUUUGGGCUUCUGGGCGGCUGUGCUUGCUCUCAUAGGGAUGAAGUGUACCAAAGUUGGAGGCUCUGAGCUCACUAACUCCCGAAUUACAUUUGGAGCAGCGCUGACAUACCUGUUAUCUGGGUUCUGUGGUAUGAUCGUGUACUCCAUGUGGGGAAAUAAAGUGCGCAUAGACUAUUUGGAUCCAUAUUAUCUAGAACAGAAGUUUGAGCUGGGUGCUGCUCUGUUCAUCGGCUGGGGUGGAUCGUGCCUGAUCAUAUGUGCAAGUGCAGUCAUGUGCUAUUUCUCUGGGAGAGAGUCAUUUCCUCAAAGGUUUACUCAAAAGAAACUCAGAAAGCCCCCGUCAUACAUGACUGCAUAUACCAGACGGACCUUCAUGCUGCCGGGUUACUCGAGACCAACAACAGUCAUUGUGUCUCCUUCAUACCAAUCAAACAGACAUAACAAAAAUAAACAGAGUGGAGGCAAGAGCGAAUCACAAGAAAGUCGACCUUUAAAAUUGAUCACACCUUCGCGGCGCCCCAUAGACUCAGCUGUGUGACCCUAUGUACUGUUUGGGAAUAUUUGCAAAUGAGACACUUGUUGACUGUUUAAUGCGUAAAGUUUCUCUCUAUGAAAGCAUGUAGUGCUUGUACAGUGAAAUCUUUAAAUCAAACUGAAUUUAAUAAAUCAAUAUUUUACAU